AUGUUAUUAAGUAUUUGUCGAAAAUCAUUGUCAUCCAUCGAUCCAUCGAUAUCUAAUCUUUCACAACUUUCAGCAGUCUCUGGUCGUGCCAUCCAAAAUUCAUCUUACCAAUCGUCCAAUGUGUCAGCAACAGUUGGUGAAUCGAUGAUUGCAGGUAGAGGAUGUUGUGGUGGUCGUCGCAAUCGUGGUAAUAAUAUUGAUAUCGAUAUUGAUAUUGAUAUUAAUAUUGGUCGUGGUAAUCGCGGUGAUUAUACCUACCUACAUACCUUCUUUCAUCAUCAUCAUCCAAAUAUUGAUGUCUUGAUCUAUUCAAGUGUUAGAUACAUUAGGGAAGGAGGCACGAAACGAUUAGCUCAAGGUGUAGUCUUUAAACUCAACAACGAUUCAUUGUCAAUUAAAGAUUGGUGUAACAUCAUCGAAAAUACUACCAAUCUUGAAGAGUAUCGUCAUGCUCUUGCCAUCACUCAACUCGACAGUCGCAUCCUCCAAACCAUCAAAGAUCGUAUGGGCAAGAAUGAAUUAAAGACGAGGGAAAGUUUGAAGGUCACUACUAUGGCAAAUUCAAGGCUCUUGAAUAUCGAUUGUCAAGCACCAACAACGUCAUGA